UAACUUUACAUUAAAAACACGGCAAACUAACGGGAACGGUCUUCUUUUCCAUUUGCCAGUCGUUUAGGCCAGUACCCUUUUUCCACUGGCAAGUGCCACGUUGUAUUUAUCGCUAGCAGUUAAUUUAUUAAUACAAUUGGAAACGAGAACGAAACCAACCAUCUUAAACAUGUUUAAAGUGACCGGUCUGGCGUUUGUGCUGUUGAUAAUCAAUCAAGGAGUUUUCGGAGAAGAUAUAGCGGUCGAUGAUGGAGUUUUGGUCCUGACGAAAGAUAAUUUCAAGACAGCUGUCGGCGACAAUGAAUUUAUCUUGGUCGAGUUCUAUGCUCCCUGGUGUGGACAUUGCAAAGCCCUUGCUCCGGAAUACGCCAAAGCCGCCAAGGCCUUGGCCGAAAAGGAAUCGGCCAUCAAAUUGGGCAAAGUCGAUGCCACUCAAGAACAAGACUUGGCCGAGCAGUUCGGAAUCGGGGGCUACCCCACGCUGAAGUUCUUCCGGAAAGGUUCACCCGUCGAUUAUUCCGGCGGUAGACAAGCCGAUGAUAUCGUUAACUGGCUGUUGAAGAAGACCGGUCCCCCUGCUAGAGACGUUUCCACCGUCGAAGCCGCCAAAGAACUAAUCGAUUCCAACAACGUAGUAGUGAUCGGUUUCUUCAAAGAUCAAACCACCGAAGCAGCCAAAGCCUUCUUAGAAGUAGCUGCCUCAGUAGACGACGUUCCGUUCGGUAUCACCGACGACGAACCGGUGUACAAAGAGUACGAGGCCUCCGACGAUACCGUCGUUUUGUUCAAAAAAUUCGAUGAAGGUAAAGUGGUGUACGAUGGCAAACCGGACGAAGCUGAAAUCAAGAAAUUCGUGCAAGCCAAUUCCCUGCCUCUCAUCGUAGAAUUUAACCACGAAACCGCCCAGAAGGUGUUCGGCGGCGAGAUCAAGAGCCACUUGUUGUUGUUCCUGAGCAAAAGCGACGAAUCCUUCCAGAAAAUCACCGACGCCGCCCGAUCGGUGGCCAAACCCUACAAAGACCAAGUCCUAUUCGUAACCAUCGACGCCGAGGACGAAGACCACCAGAGGAUCCUCGAGUUCUUCGGCAUGAGCAAGAAGGAGGUACCGGCCGCUCGAUUGAUCAAACUCGAAGAGGACAUGGCCAAAUACAAACCGGCCAGCGAUGACUUAACGGCCGAUAACAUCAAGCAAUUCGUCGACGAUUUCCUAGCCGGCAAGCUGAAGCAGCACCUGCUCAGCCAGGAGUUGCCCGACGAUUGGGACAAGGAAGCCGUGAAAGUACUGGUGGCCAGCAACUUCGAUUCCGUCGCGUUGGACUCGAACAAAGAUGUUUUGGUGGAGUUCUACGCCCCGUGGUGCGGCCAUUGCAAGCAACUGGUGCCGAUCUACGACAAAGUGGGCGAGCAUUUCAGCGGCAACGAUGACGUGGUGAUCGCCAAGAUGGACGCCACCACUAACGAAUUGGAGCACACCAAAGUGACGAGCUUCCCUACUAUUAAGUUGUACGCCAAAGGGGAGAAUCAGGCCAUCGAAUACAACGGACCUAGGACGUUCGAAGGGCUCACUAAGUUCGUUGAGAGCGGCGGUAAAGAGGGCGCUGAGGUGGAGCCUUCGGAAGAGGACCUCGACGACGAUGAGGCCGGCAAGAAGGACGAGCUGUAGGCGCGUUAUGGUUUAGUGGAAGAUAUUUUUUUAUACUCUUCAAAAUGCCUCGGUAUAAUAUAUUUUUUUAGAUUAUUUUUUUUUUGUACAGUUUCCGUUUAAAAUUGCAUAUUUAAUUAUAAUUAGUAACGUCUGUACUGUUUCGCAUUUGUUUCUCGUUAUUGGAGAAUUUAAGAGACUGGUUGUGUUCCGAACUUCAUCUCAGAAUAUGUUUUUUUUGUAACUUAAAAGAUAUUUUGUGAAUAUUGUAUAAUAAAUUCAGCUAACACUUCGU